GACCUUCAGGUGAUAAGGCUGAGACAUAAAGGAGGCUGGGCCCUGCCAUCACGACAGCAGCCACACCUCUGCAGAGAGAAUGGCCAGCAGGAAGGCGGGGACCCGGGGCAAGGUGGCAGCCACCAAGCAGGCCCAACGUGGUUCUUCCAACGUCUUUUCCAUGUUUGAACAAGCCCAGAUACAGGAGUUCAAAGAAGCCUUCAGCUGUAUUGACCAGAAUCGUGAUGGCAUCAUCUGCAAGGCAGACCUGAGGGAGACCUACUCCCAGCUGGGGAAGGUGAGUGUCCCAGAGGAGGAGCUGGAUGCCAUGCUGCAGGAGGGCAAGGGCCCCAUCAACUUCACCGUCUUCCUCACGCUCUUUGGGGAGAAGCUCAAUGGGACAGACCCCGAGGAAGCCAUCCUGAGUGCCUUCCGCAUGUUUGACCCCAGCGGCAAAGGGGUGGUGAACAAGGAUGAGUUCAAGCAGCUUCUCCUGACCCAGGCAGACAAGUUCUCUCCAGCUGAGGUGGAGCAGAUGUUCGCCCUGACACCCAUGGACCUGGCGGGGAACAUCGACUACAAGUCACUGUGCUACAUCAUCACCCAUGGAGACGAGAAAGAGGAAUGAGGGGCAGGGCCAGGCCCACGGAGGGGCACCUCAAUAAACUCUGUUGCAAAAUUGGAA